AUUAAAGUUGCUCCAGUCUCCAGACUUCCCUUUUGGGCGAGUUCCUCUGCCAAGAUGAACUUAGCUUACUUUUACUUACUGAGCUCAAUUGUACCAGCUUUUCAUAAUGCCGGGGCAGUGGAAGACAAAGCAAAGGCAACUAAAGAAGAAAAAUUUGAUGCUACUUGUCCGGUGAGGCUGGAAACAAGUGGACACUGUAAGGAAGGAGAGGAGUGUCCCUACCAGAUGAAUCUGCCUUCCCUGACCAUCCAACUACCCAAGUCAUUCAGCAUGAUUGAACAGGUCUUUAAAGAUGUUCAGAAUCUCAAGGAAACUGUAAAUAAUCUGAAGAAAUCUUGCCAAGAAUGCAAACUGCAAGCUGAUGAUAACCAAGAAAUGGGAAGAAAUGAUCCAUUGCAGCCCAAUACAGAUGCUGCUGAAAAGGAGAGUGAUAACCGAAUUAAAGAAUUGGAGACUGAAGUUAGUAGGCUGUUUUCCAAUCUGAAGGAUGCCAAAGAUGAAAUCAAUUCACUUCACGGUCGCCUGGAGAGUCUGAAUCUGGUAAACAUGAACAACAUAGAAAAUUAUGUUGACAGCAAAGUGGCUAAUCUGACGUCUGUGGUGAACAGUUUGGACGGUCGAUGUUCAUCUAGGUGUUCAAACCUGUCGGGACUGCAGUCAAAUUCUGGCGCUAUUACUCAACAUCUACUAUACAAAGACUGUUGGGAUUAUUAUGGGAAAGGCCAAAAGAACAAUGGAAUCUACAAAGUUACACCUGAUCCAAAAAAUAAGACUUUUGAAGUUUACUGUGACAUGGAAACCAUGGGUGGAGGUUGGACAGUAAUGCAGAAUCGUCUAGAUGGAAGUACUAACUUCAACAGAACAUGGAAGGACUAUAAAAAUGGCUUUGGAAAUCUUAGCAGGGAGUUCUGGUUAGGUAAUGAUAAAAUUCACCUUCUGACCAAGAGUAAGGAAAUGGUCCUUAGAAUUGAUCUUGAAGAUUUUAAUGGUGUCAAAUUGUAUGCUCUGUAUGAUCAGUUCUAUGUGGCCAAUGAAUAUCUCAAAUACCGUUUACAUAUUGGCAAUUAUAGUGGUACUGCUGGAAAUGCUCUGCGUUUCAAUAGACAUUAUAACCAUGACCUUAAAUUUUUCACUACCCCAGACAAAGAUCAUGAUAGGUAUCCCUCUGGGAACUGUGGGCUUUACUACAGUUCUGGUUGGUGGUUUGAUGCAUGUUUGUCUGCGAAUUUAAAUGGUAAAUACUACCACCAAAAAUACAAAGGUGUCUUCAAUGGGAUUUAUUGGGGUACAUGGCCUGGCAUGAGUACUGGUGAACCAAAUGGCUUUAAACAUUCUUUCAAGAGGGCAAAAAUGAUGAUUAGGCCAAAAUUCCUUGCAUCAUAAGUUACUAUUCAUUCUACCAGGUUUUCAUCUAGUUAUUUUCCUCAGCAUUUUCCCUUCCCUUCCUUUCCCUUCACUUUCUUUCCUUUUCCUUUUCUCUCCUUUUUUUUUCUUCUGUUUCCUUUUGCAAUAAAUGCCUUCUAUAUAAAAUUUGAUAUUUUCUACAAGUUAAUUUUAAAAUCAUUUCCAUGAACAAAAAUAUAUCUCAUUCCAAUAGUUUAAAGCAGACAUAGUAUUUUAAAUAAUACAAAAAGAUAGCAAUAAGUUCCUGUGAAAAUCUUAAGGUUUUUGUAGUUGUUAUUGUUGUUGCUACUAUCUAAAUUUAUACUUGGAAACAAUGGUAUUUAGAUUUUAAUUCAAUUAUAUUUACAAUUCUAAUUAAUCAAUAUUUGUUCAAAUGAAAUAUCUCAUUUAUAGAGAUAGUAACUAUAUUUUUGACAAUUAAAACUAUUAAUUUCUUCAUCCAAAUGGCCUGUUUUAAUACAAGUAUGCCUGGGUAUGUUAGACACUUCUGAUACACAAACUUUUUCCUAGUCUUAAGUUACACUGUUUAAAAACUGAAUAAACUGUGAUUCUGAUACUCCUUUUGUUUCCCUAUAUGUCUAACACAUAUCCUGGAAUUUUCUGAUAAGGCCUGAUUCUAUAUCUAGUACAUAUCCUCAAUAAUUAUUAAGCAGACUUAUGGACCCUAAUUUUCUAUAACUGUUAUGAAAGAAUGUUCACAUUGUUUUCUGAAAACAUCUUAACAUUUUUUUAAAUCUGCAAGUCAUAAACACACUUGGAAAUAAUAUGACUUGACAACCACAGUUUAAAGAUAAUCUGUUCACUGUUCCUAAACUUGUUAGAUGCUUGAUACUAAAAAGCACUUUAAUAUUAAAAAAAGUCUUUUCUCUGUUCACUUUGCACAAUGGUGUUUUAUUUAAGGUUGCUUAUUUGUGCCAGACUACUGGUAGAGGGUUUUUUAGGAAAAGAGAAAAUGAAGUAUUUGUAAGUCAAAAUACUCUGAAGGUUAAUUUUCUUUCUUUGUGAUAUUGUAAUAAAAUGUUUUGCCACAUAGAAAAUUAAGUUUUCUAAAAUUGUCUCUCAUAUAUAUCCAUAUAUAGUUAGGAUUUAACCUAUAUAUUAUUUGUUCAUGAUUAGUAUAACAUUUCUUUCAAAAAGACAAAGAAAAAACAUAGUCUCUGGAAUUUUUAUAAUUAAUCCAUUAGUUUGGAACACAUACAUCAUACUGUAUGGAAUCUGUCAAAACAAAACAAAACAAAACAAAACAAACAAGUAUGCCUAACUUAGCAAUUGUAAAAACUAUAUGAAUCUGAAAGGUCUACAAUGAUAUCCUAUAAAAUGUGCUGAGUGCCCCAAAAAUGCCACAGUAACACACUCUGUAUUAUAUUAGAAUUGGCUUAAACACAUUUGCUUUUACAUUUUUCAGUGAUUCUUUCUAAUUUGAUAGCAAAAUAUUCAAAUUAUGUUUAAUAAAGCUGCAAGUUUUGCUCAUUGUUUUAUAAUUAUUUUUUCAUAGAAUAGGGCACAUAGCUGCUUCUAGUAACCACAAUUUAUUUUCCCAAACAUUCAGGUCAUAGUUAUGUUAGCUAAAAAUGGUAUAUAAAACCGCCACUUUAAGAGUGAAAAUGUUUUGUUCCAAAUUAUAUGAAAUACAUGAACCAACAAAUUAAUAUUCAGCUAAACAUGGAGAUCAUGUACUUAACCACAAUAUAUCUAACUUUAAAAUGUAAAAUUAAUAAAUUUUCAAGUGGAAAAUGAAGUUCAGCAAUGCCCAAAAUAUAGAUAACUGGUGAAUGAUUUUAAGGAAAUAUAUCUUAAAAGGAUUUCAAACAUAUUUUUUAUAUUUUGGUUAAUUUUUAUAUCUACUUUUACUUUAAAAUGCCAAUAUUGUAAAAUAGGUAACUUGGGGCUUAAGAUUUUAAAAAUCAUAGUAUUUAUUGCAAUUAAUAUAUGAAAGAAUUUACUAAAUAAAUGUAUGUUAUUUUACAUGAUGUCAGGUAAUAGAAGAUACCCUUUGGUGAAAAUAUCUUUAUCAAAAAUCUGCUUGUAUGCAUGGAAAUAAUGUUGAUUUCAUGGUAAAUUCAUUGUUACAAUUUAGAAUUUGGUAGGUUACUGUUGUGUAUAGAUAUUCAAGAAAUAUUUUCUUUUAACUUCUGUUAUUGGGCCAAAGUGGCAUCUUCUUUCAUAACUUUCCAGAGUUUUUCUAUAUUGCUUCUUUUUUUGCAAAAUUCUUCAGACUUAAUAUUGUGAAGAAUUGCCCAUUAAAAGGCAUGCAUCUCAUUUUAUUCAAAUAUAUUAAGAUUAUGAUCCUCUAAACUUUUUUUUUGGUGAGAAUAAAUGAAACUAGGGCUGGCCAAAGUGAUGUCUUAUUCUCCAAAGUACUGCAUCACUGAAUGAGGCUUCAGGUUCCUUAAUUAUGCUAUGGUCACAAUAUAGUUUAAGUUACCCAUGAAUUGCAGAGGACUCUAUGACAGUAUGGUACCUCUAUUCUCAAGAGUUCAGUUUAUUCUUUAAUUUAAAAAGAUUAAGUAGAUCUUUUCUGAAUUUUUGGUUGGUACUAAAUUAGUACAUAAUUUAAACUUACAGUACUGAUACUAUACAUGGUACCAUUAAAAAUUAACUUUGGCUAAUAUA